UUUUGUCUUUUUGACUUAACCAAAAUAUGACUACUACAAAGACUAUGGGGCCAGAGUGAUCGGUCACUCGUCACUACACCAACCAACCGCACUCGCAAUCACACCAACCAAGAAUAAUCCAUCGUGCUAAACUAAACUCUCUCGUUCGAGCAUAACACGAAUAUAAACACAGAGCACCAACUCUUGAGCCAAGCACGCACAGAAUCCACCAAUACCAAAUGGCGAUGGCUCUUCGCAGACUCUCUUCCUCUCUCCGUAAGCCAGCCAAACAUGGCGCUUCCCUCUACUACAUGUCUUCUUUGCCUAAUCCAGCGCUUCCGGAUCAAGAAAAAGCUCGUGCCACUUGGAUAAAGCAAUUGAAUGCUCCACUAGAGGAAAUAGAUCCUGAAAUUGCUGACAUCAUCGAACAUGAGAAAGCUAGGCAAUGGAAGGGACUUGAACUUAUUCCUUCAGAAAAUUUUACAUCUGUAUCAGUAAUGCAAGCGGUUGGCUCUGUUAUGACUAAUAAAUACAGUGAAGGAUAUCCCGGAGCUCGAUAUUAUGGCGGAAAUGAGUACAUUGAUAUGGCUGAAACGUUAUGUCAGAAGCGUGCAUUAGAAGCUUUUCAAUUGGAUCCUGAGAAGUGGGGAGUAAAUGUGCAGUCGCUCUCUGGAUCUCCUGCUAACUUUCAAGUUUACACUGCAUUGUUGAAACCUCAUGAGAGAAUCAUGUCACUGGAUCUUCCUCAUGGUGGACACCUUUCACAUGGUUAUCAAACUGACACAAAGAAGAUAUCUGCCGUAUCCAUAUUUUUCGAGACAAUGCCUUACAGAUUGAAUGAGAGUACUGGUUAUAUUGACUAUGAUCAGCUAGAGAAAAGUGCGACACUCUUUAGACCAAAACUUAUAGUUGCUGGUGCAAGCGCUUAUGCACGCCUGUACGACUAUGAACGUAUUCGUAAGGUUUGCAACAAGCAAAAAGCAGUUAUGUUGGCUGAUAUGGCACACAUUAGUGGGUUGGUUGCUGCAGGUGUCAUUCCAUCUCCUUUUGAAUAUGCGGAUGUCGUGACAACCACUACGCACAAGUCCCUUCGUGGUCCACGUGGAGCUAUGAUCUUCUUCAGGAAGGGAGUAAAGGAGAUCAACAAACAAGGGCAAGAAGUGAAGUAUGAUUUUGAAGACAAAAUUAAUCAGGCAGUUUUUCCUGGACUUCAAGGUGGUCCACAUAAUCACACGAUAUCUGGUUUAGCAGUUGCUCUUAAGCAGGUUAUGACUCCUGAGUACAAGGCCUACCAACAGCAAGUUCUGAGUAACUGUUCAAACUUUGCGCAGAGUUUGCUAGAGAAGGGCUAUGAACUGGUAUCUGGUGGAACAGAAAACCAUUUAGUCUUGGUCAACUUGAGAGACAAGGGAAUCGAUGGGUCAAGAGUUGAAAAAGUUCUUGAAUCAGUUCAUAUUGCAGCUAACAAAAACACUGUUCCUGGUGAUAUAUCUGCCAUGGUUCCUGGUGGAAUUCGCAUGGGAACCCCGGCUCUCACAUCCAGGGGUUUUGUUGAGGAAGAUUUUGCAAAGGUAGCAGAGUUCUUUGAUGCAGCUGUGAAGUUGGCAUUGAAAAUCAAGGCAAAUGCUACAGGAACAAAAUUAAAGGAUUUUGUAGCUGCCAUGGAAUCCUCAGACAUUCAAUCUGAGAUUGCACAGCUACGCCAUGGUGUUGAGGAAUUUGCGAAGCAAUUCCCAACAGUUGGUUUUGAGAAAGAAGCAAUGAAAUACAAGAACUAAGAGAGUAAAAGUAUGUCCGUCCCCAUCAUUAUUUAGGUUUGUAGGGGCUUGAGUUUUUUUUUUUCAGCGGAAUGUAUUACAUAUAUAUGAAGGGUGGUGACAUGGUGUAUCUGUUUAGCUGGUGGAGAACCUACCACGAAUUUCUUUAAAGCCUUAAUGGGCGAAGAUUGAGUGCUCCAGUGAUCAAAAUAUUGUUCAUUUGAGGAGCAUGGACGGAUCGCAGAAGAUAAUUUGCAAGCUGUGGCAACUGUAAACCAACUUUAAUAUCCCAAUAUAUUGUUUUCAAAAACAAAAUGCCAAUUUAUUGUACAAUAAUUAUUGGCUCUUGUUUGCUGCCUGAAGGGUUUUUUUUAUCAUUCUUUUUAUGUCGAUCAUUUGAAUAUAUGAGGAUGAUUCAAAGGCAGAAAUGAAGUGAAAUUGUACACCGAGUCUGGACUAAUUGCCAUUUGUAAGAGUAUCAAUUUUGUUUGCAA